AUGAAUGAAUACAAUCUAUUCAUAUCUAUCUAUCUAUCUAUCUAUCUAUCUAUCUAUCUAUCUAUCUAUGUUCAUAUCUAUUAUAUAUAUGUACCAACUUUUACAAAUUUAGUUGUUCAAAACUAUUUUAUAUCCUAUUUUAAACACAUUAUCUAUCUAUCUAUCUAUCUAUCUACCUAUCUAUCUAUCUAUCUAUCUAUCUAUCUAUCUAUCUAUCUAACCACAGGAUUGUCAGCUUAUUGCUUCCCCCUCUUUCUUCAUAGUCCUUCGUCAUAUCGUUCUUGGUCUUCUACUUCUUUUCCUUUGGUGACCCAGCAAAACUAUUUUAUAUCCUAUUUUAAACACACUAUCUACCUACCUACCUACCUAUCUAUCUAUCUAGCUAUCUAUCUAUCUAUCUAUCUAUCUAUCUAUCUAUCUAUCUAUCUAUCCCAUUUGUUUAUCUAUCUAUCUAUCUAUCUAUCUAUCUAUCUAUCUAUCUAUCUAUCUAUCUAUCUAUCUAUCACUAGUUCAUUAUCUAUCUAUCUAUCUAUCUACCUAAUUUUGUUCAUUAUCUAUCUAUCUAAGUUUGUUAAUUAUCUAUCUAUCUAUCUAUCUAUCUAUCUAUCUAUCUAUCUAAGUUUGUUCAUUAUCUAUCUACCUUGA